AUGUCUACGGGAAAGAUAAUUGGUGAUCACAGAUACUUGAUUGAGGGCCUUAUUGCAAAGGGAACCUUUAGUAAUGUACAUCGCUGCGUGGACUUGACAACAGACAAGGUCUACGCGGUAAAGGUUAUAAGUAAAUCGGUAAUUGAAUCGCAGAACAUGAGUGUGACCGUGGUUAGAGAGGUGAGUGCUAUGGAGGCUGCACCUCCUUCGCCAUAUUUGGUGAGGCUCGUUGACAAACUUGUUUCGUCUCGUAACUAUUAUCUUGUUAUGAAUGUGGUGGAGGGUUGCACACUUCUAGACGUCAUUGAAAAAAAAUAUCGACCCAGACCGCCACUGCGGUGGGUACGAUCUAUAUUUCGACAGUUGCUAAAUGGCCUCUACACACUUCAUGGGGCAAAUGUAGUACAUCGUGACAUUAAGCCGGAAAACUUGCUGCUGAAUAGGAGUUACACCCGACUUGUUAUAUCGGAUUUCGGUUUUGCCUGCUGUGCCCCACCCGGCCGAUCGCUUCACCAUUCGUGCGGCACGAUGAAUUACUGUGCCCCUGAGUUAUUAGUACCCAAACCGGCUUACGAUGGCCGAAAGGUUGACGUGUGGGCUGCGGGGGUCACACUGUAUGUUAUGAUCUUCGGCGUUCACCCUUUUCAGGCUCGUAAAGAAGGUUGUGCGGAUAGCCUUGCUGAGGUAAUCACCUCCGGUGCGUACACUCUUCCGCACAGUCUUCAACCUGAACUCGAGCACCUUCUUUCAGUUAUGCUCGAGCCAGACCCUGCGUUGCGAUGGUCUGUCAGGAAGCUGCUGAGACAUGUAUGGGUGCUGGGCGGUAUGGUGGGCGGAGUCACGGGCCGAUCAUCGUUGAGGCUCACCACACCCACCCCUGGAUCCACAGGAGUAGCGAAUCGAGAUGCAAACACGCCGGAAGACUAUGUCGUGCGUUCUCGGUUCGCCCGGGCACUGCGUGCGGAUGAUACUGAUCCUUCAGCGAGGCAGUUUCGCUCUUGCCCCGAUUUGCGCCGCGAAAUGAAUAAUUUCCUUGAUGCCUGCGAUAGUGAUGGGGAGGACGCCGAGUGGGAUGGUGAUUUUAGCAAUGGCAACAGCACUCACGAUGGUUACACUAAGUUUAGUAGUUUGAACGUUAGUUUAACCGAUAUUGAAAGGGGGAGGCAACCUUCGGACCUAGACGGCUUCUCUGAGUCUACUGCUUUCGCAACCAAUGGGAGCUACAGCUCCUUGUUUUCGGCAGACCAACUGUUAUUGGACCCAGACGAAACUCCAGAUACACCUAAAGGUGAUUUUCUGCUUACGGUGAGGGUCAUCGUCAACUUUGCACUUUUUUGUACCACCCUGGUAAUUGUGGCUGCACUUCGGUUUUUGUUUGACGUCCCUGUAAGAGACCUGCCUUUGCCUCCAUUUGUCAUUAGUAUAAUGGAGUAUCUGCUGGUGCCACCGCAUGAAAGGCUUGCUCAGAGUUUUGAGGUGCGUCGCAUGCGUCACCGCUUUCCCUGUGCUGCGCUGAGGCGGCUGGUGGCCUCUGCGGAGCGCGCCAUUCAGCGAUCAAGUUGGUGUCGCCGGAUUAUGCCGGUUCGUGGAGUUGACGAAGGGACGGAUGUGCCGCUUGGGACUGGAAGACGUGGCAUUGUGCUCCGUUGGCUGGAGAAGAACUAG